CCUUCCGCGGCCUCAGGCGAUAAGACCCCCCGCGGGCGCCGGGUGCGCGCAGAGCUGCCAUGAGACGCGGCGCGGCCCGGACCCUGCUGCUCAACAUGUACCUGCCAGAUCCUGUCGGAGAAACCUUCUUCAAGGAAGGCAAGACCCAGGCGUGGGGCUCGCUGGGACCCGGCGUCCAGAAAGGCAGUGGUCAGAUCCAGUUGUGGCAAUUUCUGCUGGAGCUGCUUUCAGAUCGGGCCAACUUGAACUGCAUUGCCUGGGAAGGCACCAAUGGCGAGUUCAAACUCCUGGAUCCUGAUGAAGUGGCACGGCGCUGGGGUGAGCGCAAGAGCAAGCCCAACAUGAACUAUGAUAAGCUCAGCCGGGCCCUACGCUACUACUACGACAAAAACAUAAUGACCAAAGUGCAUGGGAAACGCUACGCUUACAAGUUCGACUUCCAAGGCCUGGCCCAAGUCUGCCAGCCAGCAACGCCUGACCAUACCCUCUACAAGUUCCAGGCCCCCCUGCCCUUCUCUGGGAUCUCCAAACUCAACAUCAUGGCCUCAGGGGUGACUCCAACCAGCUUCUCCUAUUGGCCAGGUUCUACCCCCACCUUGUACCCCAGCCAUGGGUUGCAGCCUUCAGCACCUUUUGGUACCAUGGCAACGUCCCACAUCAAUAACAUGAACAGCCACUACCACUAGGCCUCUCUUGGCUGCAGGUGGGGUGAGGAGGCUGUAGAGGGAUUCAUAUAUUUCCAGUUUGAUCAAGUGGGCAGGGACACUUUAUUGAGAUGGGACUGGGGCUCAGCAAAGGAGAAUGAGCUGGGUCAGAGGUAGGAAUCAAACAGCCCUCCAGAUAUUGUUGGAUUGCAAGUUUCAGCAGCCCCUGGUCACCAUAGCUAAUGGUGAUGAAUGAUAUGGAUUAGGAUUCCAAGAUGCCUGGAGGGCCACGUGAUUCCCAUCUGUGAUCUUCUGGGCUGAGAUCCUUUCCCAAUGAAUAUAGAAUCCAUAACCUCAUAGGGAAAACUUCAGCAAUGUUGGCGAUUUCUCUUAUUUAAAAAAUUCUCCUUUAAUACAUUCCUAACACAUGGCUUUGGACUCUAUUGUACUUGCUAUUUUUGGAAUCCUGGUUAUUGAGGCAGGAGAAUUGAGAUCUGCAUGGUUGCAGCUCAACAAUGUGUAGAAACCCAGACAUGCUUAGAGGUUAGUGAGAGAGGUGGAAUAAGACAGCAGGGUGGGGGUUAGGGAAUCUUAAAUGCUGAGGCUAAAUCCAGCUCUGCCCGGGAUCCCAGUCAUAUUUUCUAGACCUCCCCAGAUGGUAUGCCCCAAUUUCCAUAGUACAGUCAUUUGGUGGCUUUCCAGUUUUUGUGUAGUUCUUCUGCCCCCAAUUUUAGAAGACUGACAUUCUUCUUUUUAGAGUUAAAAUACACUGAUGUUUUUGGUCCUGUGACUUUGCCCUUGGUCCCAUCCAAGAACAGAAUGCAGGCCCCAAUAACUUCUUUGGAAUUGUAUGAUAUUUAGGCCUGGGACUGAAUGAGGUUCUUUGCUCUUUCUCCAGUUUAGGGCUUGGAAGCUAGCGGUGAUAAGGAUAGUGAUGGAAUAUCCCAGAAGAAAAUUAACAAAGCCUUUUAUAACAUAUGCUAGCAUUCAAACGCUUCCUAUAAAGUACAUUUAGCAACUUCAAAUAAAUCUAAGUCGAGGCUACUCCAAACUUGAGUUACUUUUGAUUUUCAGGCCAAAUCUAGAAAUUCUGGAGGUGUGUACAUUCUUUUCUCCCCAAAACAGAAAAUAUGAAUAAUAUUUAGCUGUCUCCUUCGAAAUUUGCUUGAUGUCAUGCUUUUCUUUAGCGUGAUAUAGUAAUUUGAGUCCUCACUCAGCCGUGGAAAUUCACUGAGUAACCUUGGGAAGGUCACAUUCUCUCUGUCUCAGAGAAAGGCAAAGACAAAUGUCCUCUGAACAAAUCUUGUAAAAUAAACCCUGCAGUAGACUCACCUUAGGGUUGCCACAAGUCCAAACCAGCUUGAACAUAUAGAACAACAAAGGGAAUGGGAGCACAUUGUAUAGCUACAUAGCCAAUCACAUCCAGCUGUUUGAAGGUGCCAGCUGAAGGUAAGAGAGGGAAAUCGAAAUGAACAACUCAACAUUUUCAUAAAGAAUGUAUUGAAACAUUCCUAAAAUGAAGUGAUUUUAAUUGACAAAAAGUAAAUAAAAAUCUCCUGAUAGCUUUGACUCAUCCCUAAUCUAAAUUCAUUUCUACAGAAUCCUGUUCAUUUUUUUUUAAAGACAGUAUUAAGGCAGAAGAGAAACCCUGAGUCCAGAUAUGGACAUCAUUACUCAAUAGUGGCAGGAGAGAGAGAAUCCAUGGUGGAAAUGGAAAUGGGGUGGGGGUGAAUCGGUAUCCCCACCCCCAUUUUGUUGGGCAGAGAAGUAUGCUAGGAACUCUAUUCCUAGCCUCAUCUUUUGUCGUCUGCAUGUUACACCAUACACAGGGGAAUAAAUCCAUGACCUUGGGAAAAAAGGUUUUAAAAAUCCUCUCCAAAUGUCCCCAUAUGCCACUUUUUUAUGCCCCCAGCUCAGUUUAGGCAUAGAAAUGGCUUCCUAUAGCAAAAAAGAGAACACUACCCAGGUCGAAAUAACCCAAAGAGGAAAUUACCAAUAUCCCUUUUCUCCCUCGAGGCCAUCUGGUGCCAUUAUGGGGACAAUUCUUUUAUGUUUUGGGGGAUACAAUGGGGUGGUGUUCUUGGGGCCAAUUUGGACCUCUAGACCCUAACAGUUGUCCACCUCUGCUCUCAGUUUUGUGGCCCUUGAAAUACCCCAAAACUAAUAUAUUCUUCCAACUAAAAGAUACAAAUGUGUUCCUAAAGCAUAUGGUUAAUUUUGUUUCUACCAAGGCUGAGGCAAGCAAACUUUCAAACCUAUAAGAGCUUGCAUUUUUUUGAUUGCAAGGACCCUGGUCUCAGAAAUUAAAUGUAAGCAUUUUUUCUGAGUCAUUCAAAGUGAAAAGAAGCCAGAGCACAACCAAAUCCCAUGUCUAUCAAGCCAUGUCAUUUGCCUCCCCCAAAUCCUUAAUACUGGGUGCCCACAUGCUAUUCCCAGAUUUCCCAGGACAUGUGCUCACAUUUCAAUUGUCAUUAAAAUAAUUUGGGGCCUCAAAGAGUCAUUAAAGAUGGUAGAAAUCAAAUAUCUAAAGCAUACUCAUUUUUUUUUUGCUUCCUGAAACUCCAGAGUAUAAAGGCAGGUUUGGUUGCUCUGACUGCCCUGCAGCCUUGAUAGAAAGAGAGGGGUGGGUGACUUUGACCAGAUUCAUGUGACUUCAUAGCUGUGGUGUCUCACAGAAUCCUGCUUCCCAGCUGCCCAAAAGAAACUAGACAACCACAAUGAAACAUAGGUGGUUUACAUUAUACAUCUAUACCAUAAAAGGAAACACUACAUUUGGGUAGAAUGCCUAUGUGCAUUACAAAUUACUUUCUGCUAUAAUGGAAACUAGCCCGGUCAUGGUAGAAGAUUCACGAUUCACUAGAUCGAAAGGGCUAAAUUAUGUCUAUUCUGCACAAGGGUUAGUUUUUGAUUAUGUAUGGAGAGGACAGUUCAAAAAAAAAGAGGUCUCCUUCUAAAAUACAUUGGCCAAAGUGACUGCAUGAACUGGAGGCCCAGGCUAUUCUAGCUACGAACUUACUUUUUGUCUAAUGCCUCUGUGCCAUUUCUGGUGUGGCCACAUGAAAAAGAGGACAGGGCUCAUAUCCCAUUAACAGUUCUUUAGAAGAGGGAAUUUCAGAAGAUGACGCUGCUGUGGAAAGCUAGAACGACUAAAAUCCUAUCUUCAGUGCUUGGAAUGGUCCAUAUGUUGAAAUGCCUCACUCUCCUUUCAUGCUUUCAUCUCCUUUUGUUCCAUUCUCAGGUGGUUAAGCAUUAAAAAAAUCAUAUCCUUUCCUUUGAUAUGAGAAAAGAGACUCUUUCAAGUUUCAGCGUGUGGGUGGAAUGUAAUGUUCAAAGAGCUAUUCUUGAAUACAUUCAAGAUUAAAUUGCAAAAAAUGGCAGUGUCUUUUAGUAACAUUUA